AUGACUUCAUGCUCAGAGAUCUGUGGGUCAGACUACGGUGAGCAAGCUCAAGCCAGUGGAAACUGCCAGCAGUAUGGAGUCCGCUCCUACCUACACCAGUUUUACGAGGAGUGCACGGCUUCUAUCUGGGAACGUGAUGAAGAUUUUCAGAUUCAGAGAUCACCUAGCAGGUGGAGCUCUUUACUCUGGAAGGUCUGUCUCGCAUUCGGCACCCUGAUCUUGUUUGCAGGCCUCAUUGUUGUUUUGGUGGGUUACGCUACUCCAGCCAGGAUCGAAGCCUUUGGUGAAGAUGAUCUCCUUUUCGUUGACAGCCACGCCGUCAGCUUCAACCGUGCGCUGGAUGUUUGUAAGCUGACCGGAGCUGUGCUGUUCUGUGUGGGAGGCACCUCCAUGGCUGUGGGUCUCCUGCUGUCUGCCUUCGCCAAAAGCUACUCCAAAGAAGAAUUGUAUCUGCAGCAGAAGUUUAAGGAGAGGUUGGCAGAUCUGCAUGCAACAGUCGGUUCCCCAAUAAUGAGAGCACCAACCCCCGGAGAGGGAAAGGUGCCAGUCACUCUCUCCAAAGUGCAGAACAUCCAGCCAGUGACCACAAAGUCAGAGACCUGA